CCACUUCAAGAAGACCCUUGCUUUUAACCGAGUUUUCUUGCAAGGAAUUCUAAUACACCUAGAGAAUCAGUGAUUAGUCUUUUAGUCACGGAACUUCUGUCCUGGCAUAAUCAUACCCUUGUAAACAAAACACCAUGACAUCCCCGCAAAGAUACUCAAAAGGCUUAGAAAAUCUUUGCAUUGAAGAUGGUGACGUGGACCCUAUUAACAUUAUAAGUGGUCAAGAGAGCAAUAUGUUUGAUGAGGCAAUUGGACAUAUAGAGGACGUCUUGAUGGAUCCCAAAUUCCAAGAUUUGCAAAAAAGUUUCUUAGAGAAAUACUGGAAUGAAUUUGAGGAUAGUGAAGAAAACAAAUUAGUUUACAUGGAGAUCUUCAAGGAGUAUACUGAUGUUGUGGAGAAAUUUAUAGAAAACCAUUUAAUACUGAGUAUGAAAGACUUUUGUAUGGAAAGCUUUACCUCUCAGUUGCAAGAAAGGAAAGAUGAGCUUGAGGGAGAAGUGUUUGAAAUACUCUUCACUUUCACUGACUUUUUAGUGUUUAAAGAAAUGUUCCUUGAUUACAAAGCUGUGAAAGAAGGGCGCGUAGAAGAUCUUGGUUUAAAUAUUCAUGUUACAUCGGUGUAAAAUGUAGUUUCCAAGAUAUAAGCCAUAGAGUGGAUAAACUUUCCUUUUCAUAUCUCCUUGGGAUCUCCACCAAAAUCUAGUCCAUAAGAUACCAUGAAAACUUAAAUUAUUUUAAUGAUUGAAUAAGUACAAUAAAGGCAGAUUGCAAGAUGA